GCUGCAACAAACAUACAAUUCAAAGAAAUUAAGGAUUUGAGAAUUCAAAGAUGAAGGGUUCUGUUGUGAUCUCUCUCUUUGCCCUCUUGGCUUUGGCUUCCUCGGUGGCUUCUGCUUAUGACCCCAGUCCUCUCCAAGAUUUUUGCGUCGGUCUCAAUGAUACCAAACUUGGAGUAUUUGUGAAUGGGAAAUUCUGCAAAGAUCCCAAGCUUGUCAAAGCAGAUGACUUCUUCUUCCACAUAAUGCCAGGGAACACGUCCAACCCAUUGGGCUCCCAAGUGACUCAAGUGUCUGUGAAUGAAUUCCCAGGACUCAACACUCUUGGUAUCUCCCUUGCUCGUAUUGACUAUGCUCAAUACGGUUUGAAUCCUCCUCACAUUCAUCCUCGUGCCACUGAGGUGUUGACUGUCCUUGAAGGAACUCUCAUGGUUGGAUUUGUGGCUUCCAACCAAAAUGAUAACCGCCUCUUCACCAAAGUCCUCAACAAAGGAGACGUGUUUGUGUUCCCAUUUAGUAUGAUUCACUUUCAACUCAAUGUUGGGUAUGGUGAUGCUGUAGCACUCUCUAGUUUAAGCAGCCAAAAUCCAGGAGUAAUUACCGUUGCUAAAGCUGUGUUUGGAUCCACUCCUCCAAUCUCUCCUGAGGUUCUCACUAAAGCCUUCCAAGUUGACAAGAACAUAAUUGCCUAUCUUCAAAAGCAAGCUUGGUACGACAACAACUAGACAGACUAUCCACUGUGCCUAUCCAUAAUUCUGUACUCCAUAAAAUUGUUAUAAAUAAAUAUGCAUACAUGGCGUAUGCAAAAGAAACUCUGUCUCUUCAUGUAAAUUCAAUUAUAUAUUGGAAUAAAUAAAUAUGAUCCAUUCUGGUUUA